AUGAUAUCCAGGAGUAUAACCGUUUUCAAACCUUUGAUAUCCAGAAGGUGUGCAUCAAUAGACUACCUAGUGUCUGCAAUACCUCCGUUACCCAAGCCGGUACAGCCGAAAAUACCUAUCCAACCACAAAAGUCAAAGGAAUGGAUAAAGGAAAUCAUUGCUCCUUCAAAGCUAAAUGAAAUCUUUAAAGCACCUGAAUACCAACAAUUUACAACUCCUGAAAUAACGAAAUCACAAACCUUCUUUAAUAAUCUGAAAGUUGAACUUGAAUGGACACUAGCAGACUAUGACGAGAUUCCGGAUGUCAAGUAUGAACGUCUUUCCAAAGCAAGACAAGAACGCUACGAAGAAAUGGACCCCUAUAACAAAACUGAAUACGAUGAAACUAUUGCAAACUCCAAAAAGUCAUUCGGAAUUAAUCCCAGGCAUUUACGUCCGCUUCCGGAGGUAUUAAUCAUGGGACACACUAAUGUAGGCAAAUCCUCCUUGGUAAAUAGUUUAUUGGUUGGUAAUAAAAAGGGAGUUAACAAAAGUGCGGAAUUGGCGUAUGUGUCUUCUCGCGCUGGAUAUACAAAAACGUUGAACUGUUUCAAUAUCGGAAGCAAGCUUCGAUUCGUCGACAGUCCUGGGUAUGGUAGAUUUGGAGAUGACAAACAAGGGAAAGCAGUUAUCGACUAUAUAAGUCAUCGUACUCAACUUAAGAAAGUGUUGGUGUUGGUAGAUUCAGUUGAAGGUGUUAAAGAAGAAGAUAUGUAUAUAGUUGACCACCUAGUGAAUGAGGGUGUUCCAUUUGAUUUGGUCUUCACCAAGGUUGAUCAAGUUAUUUACAAAUUUAUACCAAGAAAAUCAAUCAAACAAGGGUCACAACCAGAUGUGGAAAAAAUUAAUGAAAAUAUCGUGAAUUACUACAAGGAAAUCCUAUUUGAUUCUAAUACCUUGGAAAUGGCGUUGUCUCCUAGGAUAUUCUUUACAAAUGCCAGAGUUAAUAAAUAUGUCCCGGAAGCAUUUGGUACUAAAGAGAUAAGGUGCUCCGUUCUUCAAAAUUGUGGAUUACUUUAG